AUGGACGAAGCCGAUGCGAUGGCCGCCUGCAUGGGCUUUGCCAGCUUUGGCAAGCGCAAGCGCUCACCGACCCGCGAACGCGCUGCGUCCAAGGUACGCGCUUCAAUGUACCAUCCGGAAACGAUCGUGUAUCUCGCGUCAACGGAUGCAGCAGCCGUCGACAUGGUGCUGGAAACCUCCUCGACCACAGAGCCGGCGAUGCCACGGCUCGCCCAGGCGCUAGAGAAGCUGCUCGAGCGCAAAACGAGUCUCGAGAACUUGGUGAUUACGCCCGCAAUGUAUCGUCGGUGCCGUGGCCGCGCCAACCCAUUCGAGCACCUCGGCAAGUUUACCUUUGUCAACCGGUCCGCGAUGAAGAUGGCCGAGCUCAACGCGCGUUGUGGCUUGACGAGCGCGAGCACGAGGUCAUUUGCAGACCUCUGUGGUGCGCCCGGUGGCUUUUCCGAGUACCUUGUGUACAGCACCAAGCGUGCGUGCGGCUAUGGCAUCUCGAUUCGACCCGAGUCCGAUGACGAUCCGUUGCACUGGCGCCUCGACGACGCCACCACCGCCCGGCUCCACCUCUCGUACGGUGCAGAUGGCACUGGUAAUCUCUACGUCGAAGCGAACAUGGACCAUUUUGUGCAGACGGCGUUGCGUGGAAAUCCUCAAGGUUUGGACCUUGUCGUUGCUGAUGGCGGCUUUCAAGAAGCUCGCAAUCAUAUCCAUCAGGAGCAUGUCAUGCACCGCCUCGUACUGUGCGAAGUGCUCACAAUGGCGCGGCUUCUUCGCACCGGCGGCCAUUUUGUCUGCAAGACGUUCGAGCUCUCGACGCCCUUUUCGCUCGGACUCCUCUAUCUCUUGUACCACGCCUUUGCAAGCUGGCCAUUGUCAAGCCGAUUUCGUCCCGGGAGUUCGGAGCGCUACAUUGUCGGCCUCGGCUGGAAAACGUUUCAGCCCAAAGCGCUGAUCGCGCACCUCUGCGCUGCGAACGAAGCCUUUGCGUCCGGCGUCGAUGUCGUCGGUAUCGUCUCGUCGUCGCAGUGGCGUGCAGAUGCCGCCUUCCUCGACUACAUCGAGACGUCGGGUGUCACACUUGCUUCGUGUCAGACAUCGGCGCUCGAUGCCAUCCUCGCAACCGUCCAAGGCGAUGCACCGGCAGUGCCGCGGGUACACGUGGCCGACGUCUACGCGGCGUGGCAUUUGCGAUAA